GAAACAAUUGAGUUCUCUUCGAAAAAGCUUCAUAUCAUAGUUAUCAUAAUUAUAAUUUGGCGAGAGUGAUCAGAAAUGGGCUGCAGACAAGGAGGAGUUGCAGAAGAAGCAAACGCCGCCGCCGUCUCCGACGUGUUGUUGCUCACCACAAUGUGCAUCGUCGGCCUUCCUGUCGAUGUUCAUGUCAAGGAUGGCUCCAUUUAUUCCGGCAUAUUCCACACUGCCUCUGUGGACGACAACAACUACGCUAUUGUUUUGAAGAAAGCAAUGAUGAUCAAGAAGGGGAGUCGAGAGGCAAAUGUAACCAGAGGAAAUGUGAUCGAGACACUUAUGAUUCUAUCAGAAGAUCUCGCACAAGUUGUUGCUAAGGGAAUUACACAUCCCGCUGAUCAUAUCACUGGAUAUGUAAAGGGUGAUGAUGGAGGAGCUGUAGUUGAUGAUAUUCAUUCUGCUGAGGAUGUAGAGAGGGAGGUGGAGUCUUUAAAGCCUAAUGAGCCCAAUAGAAUAAGGACUCAAGAAAGCAAGAAUAACGGGUUAACUGAGAAUGGGGAGAUACCUGUGGUUCACAAAGGGCAAAUUCUGCAAGAAGAUCCAAGAUCAAACACACAUUUGCAUGUGUGUAAAUCUCAAUCCAAAGCUGAGUCAACAGCUAAUGUGUGUUCUGACUCUCCAAUUGUGUCAUUUGAACAGAACAUUAAUGAACAGCAUAGCAUAGAAAACAAUCAAAGUGCUGCUACUCCUCUAUCUCGUGUUCUGAAAGAUGGCACAUCUGUUUCAGAUGUCAAGUCUUCUAAAGUGCGCCCGGAUUCAUCACAUGUUCAACGUGAUCUAGUGCCUCCAAGAAAUUCAAUUUGUAACAAAGCUGCAAAGGAGUCUAAGCUCAACCCAGGGGCCAAGAUAUUCCAUCCAUCACUUAGUAACCAAAGAGCUGUUAACCCUCCUGCAAUGCCAACAAUGGCUUAUGUGCCGGAGUGUUGUAACACGGUACCUGUUGCUACUCCCGGACCUGAACUUGAAAUCAGUCCAUUUGCUCCUCCUCGAUCUUCUUUCCCUAUUAAGCUUAUCCAAUGUAACAAUGUAAUAGCAGGAAACAGCAACAUUGAUGUACAGUAUGUUCAACCUGGAUUCGGAUAUGCGGGGAACAGAACAGUGCCAACUAGGUAUACUAGUCAGUAUCAUCAACUUCCAGCUGGGACUGGUUAUAUGCAUCCUAACUCAGAAAAUGUAAUGGUCGGACGAUUGGGGCCAGUUGUGUAUGUGCAUCCUGUUUCUCAUGGUGUUGUGCAGAGUGCACCAGGGCUCUCUCAAGUAUCCUCAUGUCCUUUGUUAAACCCCUUUCAGGCCCAUUUGACUAAACAUCAAGGAAAUGCUGUGGCACAAACAUUGCCACUUUGUGUGGCUCCUCCAUACAUAGCGGCCACACAGCAAACAUAUACAAUACCAAGUCAAGUUCCACUCUCACACCCUUCAUUUCCCGUAAUGCGCCCGGUGCAAGUUCCGUGGUCCAAUGGUUAUUUCGGCCCGAAAUAUGCAUGAUGUCAGCAACGACAUUACCAUCUGCCGCGUUUUUUUGUUCAAAUCCGGCAAGUUUUGGCGCUUUGAUUUGAUUCUUACGACUUACCCUCAUUCAUUUUCAAUGCUUUUACGGAACAUCAUUUUUUUAAAUGUGAGAUUGAACAUUGUAAAUUGAAUUUUGGCCAUUCUGUGAAUUGUGAUUGUGUAAACUUUCAGUGUUUUUUUCCCCAAACAUAGAAGGAUUAUAGAGUAAUAGAGGUGAGCGAUGGGU